CUUCGACUAUACUUUUUCCUCAGUCGACAACCCCCCAAGACCCCCCGGUCCACCGCUCUCUUCGCUUUUAUUUCGCUCGAACUCUACGGUUUCGGCUUUCUAGCUGGUCGGUCUGUGCGAUCAAUCUAGGCUUGACUUGUCUCUCGGCCUUUCAGGGAAUUGAGAUCCCCUGUCUCCGCGGUCCCGCGCCACCAACCCACCCACCAGCGCUCCUAUCUUUUCGCCGUUCCACAACCUCUCUUUCUUCAGGUCCUUGAUACUUUUCGAUUUCCGAUCGCCAUGCCAUCUGCUUCGGCGUCUGGCUCCGACGCCAAAGGCGGAGCCGCGAGGUCGCGCGAGCACAACCAGGGCAACCAAGAUCGCACAUACACCCCCGAGCAGAAAGCGGCAGUUCUACGAAUCCGAAAAUGCGGAACAACUGAUUUUUACGAGAUCCUUGCGAUUGAAAAGACUGCAACGGACAGCGAGAUCAAGAAGGCGUAUCGCAAACUGAGUUUGUUGACACACCCGGAUAAGAACGCAUAUGAUGGCGCAGACGAAGCCUUUAAAAUGGUUUCGCGAGCUUUCCAGAUCCUUUCCGACUCCGAUAAGAAGUCCCGUUAUGACAAGUUUGGAGGAGACCCUGAUAGCAGAUUCAACCCUGGACCAAGCGCCUCUAGUGGUGGUGGUGGUUCUCCAUUCAGUGGAUUCAGUGGUGGUGGUUUCCCACGAGGGGGCGGCCAAGGCUUCGAUGCUGAGAUCUCCCCAGAAGAGAUGUUCAAUCGGUUCUUUAACGGCGGGUUUGGGGGCAUGGGUGGUGGUGGUGGUUUCGGUCCAUUCGCCGGACCGCAAUUCGUCUUCAACAUGGGAGGCGGCCCUGGUUUCCGCGUGCACCAAUUCGGAGGAGGCGUGCCACGCCGCAGACCUCGCACCGCCGCGAACAACAACGAGUCAGAACCAGCUGUUGAUGGCUGGGGCUUUGUUCGCCAGCUGCUUCCUCUCUUCCUUCUUUUCGUCCUUCCGCUCCUGUCUUCCCUUCUAUCUGGCUCUUCAACUCCAGCUGGUCCUUCCUAUCGCUUCGAUACCCCUCAAACCCCGUAUACUAUGAGCCGCACAUCACCCAGGUUCGGCGCUAAUUACUUCGUCAAUCCGCUAGAAGUGGGUGAUUUCAGCGCAAAACAAUUCCGGGAACUGGACCGGCGUGUGGAGGUGGACUACCUAUCAAAGAUUCGAUACGAAUGCGAGUCUGAGGUACAAAUGCGGGAGCGAAAGAUCCAAGAAGCACAGGGCUGGUUUUUCCCAGAUAUUGAGAAAAUGAAGGAGGCGCGGUCGAUGGAAAUGAAGAGUUGCCGGCGGUUAGAGCAACUCAAGGGCAAGUAGAGCGGAUCGACAAGCCUAUGUACUUGGAACUUGCGCUUCCGAAUGUUAUCAGUUUGUUCCUCCUUUCGAAGAGCUCUACAGCACGAAGGAUGGCGUCUAUUGGGUUUUGUUACGUUUGUUUUGUCCCUCUGUACAGUGUCUUUCAAUUGCAUACAGCCCACGAUAUAUAUUCUGUGCACGAUAAUGAUGGGGUCGAAUGUGCUUGACUGGAC